GCCCAGGCGCUCAUCACGGAUCGAAAGACCAUCAUACGGCGCUACCUCGCGUCCUGGUUCUUGGCGGACGUCGCCUCGAGCGUGCCCUUCUCCCACAUCGCCGUGAUCUCCGGGCACAGUGCCGGCAACAUGAGCAAGAUCCUGAAGUCCAUUAGAGUGUUGCGCGUCGUCAAGAUCGCGCGGUUUUUAAAGUUGGUGCGCCUCCUCGCCAAGGUGCGCUCCAAGGACAAGUGGGAGGAGCAGGACGGCUACGACCUGUCGACGAUCGUGACGCGGCUGUCGAACCUCACGGGGCUCGUGUUCCUCAUCGCGCACUACGCGGCCUGCGUC